AUACAGACAAUCAAACAAUAAUGACAGCAAUGAAUAAUAAAAGGCUCUCAGGCAAUGCGUAAAGUUGACUCCUUAUCUCUAGGAGGGGAGCAGGCAGCCAAGAUGUUAAACAAAGGUCCUCUCAGCCCAAAGUGACAGCAAAUUCUUUCCCAGUAUCCUCCUCCUUUGUGGCGGCUGACUGAGAAUAAUCAUACCAAUCCUGACCAUUCUACUGAGAGAGAACCUACUUUACUUCUUAUUACAGGAGCAGAAGCUGCAGCUGCAGACCGAGACCAAAGACAGCCACCUGAACCAACUGGGGGAAGUGGAGAAGCGGUUUGGGUCUCUCUCCAGAUAGUGUGCCAUGGGAAGGAAGGCUCACGAGAAGCUGGAGCAAAACGGCCAAAGUGUCAUCAGUGGGUGGAUCUGAAGAGAACUGCAACCUCACAGUCAAAGAGCAACACAUACAGCAAUUUCAACAUGUGGAGGUGAUGAACUCCCUACAGCAUGCCCAUCAGCUUCUGCUGACACAGACUCAGGCUGUGAGCCGAGUGGAGCUGGCACUUCAAGCACAGCGAAAGGAGUACCAGAUCAGGCCUUUUAGUGUCUCCUAGUUUCAAAUAAGCAAAUUAAGCUAAAUAAAUUUGUGUUUUUCUUUUAAGAUUAUAAAAUGGGCUGCAAAAUUCCCUUUGCGUUCCAUAUUUAUUCUGCUCUAUUACAACUUAUUGCAUUUUUUAUUGUACCCAUGAUUUUCUGAAAAUAUAUCACCAUUUGAUAGGUAUGAUUUAAAUGACCAGAGGGUACUGUAGAUGGUUUAAUACAAAACGGUAGAACACUUCCUCUGUCACUCUCUUUGGAUCAAAUAUUUCUUACACCAGUUAAAUGAUUAUGAAGUGAAUUUAUACAAGGAGAGAAAUAAAUUAUGAUAGUGCUCACAGCACAUAAAGAUGAUGGAGUGCAUUGUAUAUCAUACUUUGCACAUUAGUACCAACGAAGAGCAACUGAAUGAUAGUGUGUUUAUUUUCCAUUUACAGCCGCGUCUCUUAUUGGCUCUUACUCGCCCCUCUAUCCCAGUUUAAUUCACAUAUUCAUUAAUUUAUUGAAAUCAUUAAUAACAUGACACAGCCCAACUGAUUUGUAUUGGCUUCUCUGUCUGUUUAGAUCCCUCUGUCCAGGUUAAAUAAACACAUAAAAAUGUAUUAUUGCAUAAAAAAUCUCUCGGGUGAUUAAUUUUAUUGCAGGCCCUUAAAAGAGAACAUGAAGUGAUCUGAGAGAAAACCCAGGAAAAAGAAGACAGAUUCACUCAUCUGAUGGAGGAGUACAGAAAUUCUAAAAUGACAUGGGAAAAUGAGAGUGGGCUGAAGGACAACCAGAAUCCAAUGGGUGAAAGCAGAGACCAAUCUGCUAAAGAUGAAUGUGUCUCAAAGGACAUUCCUAGAGAAGACACAGAUGUAGUGGACGGAGAGGCUCAAACAGUGGAAAGUGACUCUAGACAGCGGAAUUUACAUGUUACAGAUGUGUCAGAUCAAAGCAGUGAAGUUGGUCCUGUGGGUUGUUUGGAGACUCUGAUGGAUGACUCUCCACAGACAGUCCACUGUAAGGUUAUCGACAGCGUACAGGCCACCCAUGGUUCCGAUCCAGGGUGCACAGACGUAAAGGGAGGUGGAGAGAGCCAUCAGGGUAAAGACAAACCUAGCUCAGUGCUCCAGCCACCAGCAGGAAGUCUGGAGUGGUUUGCCUCGCUGCAGUUUGGAUCUGCAGAUGGUCCGACCACGUCACAGACAUGGUCCAUGUGUUGAGUAUCUGCGGAGCAGGGGAAGGUCAGCCAGCGGACUCAAACAACAAAUGUAACUCCAGUGAUUCCAAUGACCCAGUCUGCAGUUUGAUUAAUAAUGUCUGCUCAUCCAGCAACGUCUAUCUAAGCGACAAAGGUCACUCUAUGAGGGUGCUAUCUGGCUCCGAGAACAGGUCUGUUUAUGGUGCGCUAGACGUUGACCCAGUGGCUGGAGGAACAAGGGAUGGAGAGCAAGAACAGAGGUUGUGUACACCAGAGAUGAAAACCAGCCAGACAUGUGAUAAGUCAGCCAAAAAAGCACAUAAUCAUUUCAGGACAUUGACCUAGUCCAAGCUGAGACCCCAUUGGCAGUCUCACAGUCCUCAGAUCCAUGCAACGCUCUUCCUCAGAAGGUAAUUGAAAUCAAUGUAAUAAGAUGUCACAAUCCAGAGGUCAAUGAUGAGUCACCUAGCAGCUCAUUACCAGCUUCAGCCCAACAUAGCAACACACACAUUGAGAAGACGACAGAGCAAGAGAUAACCGGAACAUCUUGUCUUCCAUCAAUGCCCCUGAACCUGCCACAGCAAAACAGUCCCCAGAGUGUUGUUGCACAGGACUGUGCUCAGUCGGACUGUAAUAUUGGGACCAAGAAGUCGGAGUACAAGCAUGAACAACCAGCUAGAGACUGUGUGCCGGUGACUGAGGAUGCACUGGAUCCUAACUGUCAGGAGACUUUACCAGAGAAUGGAGAGCUUGAUGCGAGCCCUGAUGGAGCCCAUGGAGAUGAUGUUGCCAGCCCUGUUGGAUCACAGUCCCAAACUUCUCCAAUUGCUAUGGACACACCACAGUCUGAGAGGGUUCAUGAAGGCCACUGCUGUAUCUCUACAGUGGAGGAAAAGUUGAGACCACAACAUGCCAAUGAAAAGGAUGCUGAAGUUAUGCACAACAACCCACCGACGUCCAAGCACCCAAGAGUUGAGACUGAUCUCCCUCAUUCAAGACAAUCUGACCAGCUAAAAGUUGAAGAGAAGACAUUUGACAUUGACUAUGCGUUGUUUGCAAGCAACAAAAUAUAUCAAUUAUCAUUUGAGUUAACUGCAGAAAUAAGGGACAUACAUUCCAGGAACAUGCAGGGCAUCGCAAUUAUUCAAAGUACCAAUGACAGUAGGCCUACAUGCCAGAUAUCUCCAGUGUCUGAACUGAAAACCAAACUGUCCUCUGGGUGCCAAGAGCCUCCUUCUCCAUUCACAAUACCCAUCAUUCUAAAGGGCAAGCAAAACACCAGAGAUCCGUCAGUGAUGACCACAUCUGCAGACUCCCAGAAAGCUCACAGCAUCCCGACUUCCCACAAGAGAGUUCAUCAAGGGAAAUGGAACACCAUCAGAGAAACCUUUUGUGAAAUAUCAAGACAAAAAGAGAGCCGGGUUCAUAUCCCUGUCAGCUCUGCGUUGCCCAACAUCCCGACCCCUUCCACUAUGGACAGCAGCAGGUUGUGGCAGGACUACCCCAGGACCAACUCCUCUCCCUGUCACCCCAGCUUCUGCUUCUGGUGCUUUUCCACCCAGCUCACAGGACAACGAGGAGUCACAGCAAUCUAACAUCAGAGCCCAAAUUGCCAAGAUCGAGCAGUUCCUGUGCUCCGAGAGGCUGAGACUCCCCAAGAGACUCAAAAUGGAUGAAAGUGAAACUACGCAGUUAUAAAGAAGUACUAGAGUUGAUUUCAUUAAGUUAUUGAUCAUUACAUUUCACAAGUUCACUUGUUCAAACUAUCAAACGUUCUGUUGUUGAGAUUUGAAAACUACUCUGAAGGCAGGAAGGCAUUGUUCGAUUAUUUAUUUUUGGAUCCAGUUAUGGAUUUAUUUAUUCAUAGAUUUCACUGUAUUUAUUCAUGGAUCCAUGCUGUUUGU